AUGUUCAUCGAAAGCUUUAAGGUUGAAUCUCCAAACGUAAAGUACACAGAAAAUGAGAUUCAUUCAGUGUACGACGACCAAACCACUGAGCUCGUUCACGAGAGCAAGAAUGGUGCGUAUCAAUGGACCGUGAAGCUAAAAACCGUAAAAUACGAGUUUAAAGCCGACACUCAUGUUCCCAAACUUGGAGUGAUGCUCUUUGGUUGGGGAGGGAACAACGGUUCUACUCUUACCGCUGGUGUUAUCGCCAAUCGCGAGUGA